CAAAACUAGAACACUAUGCACAAUUAAACUACCGUUGUACAGUUUCAGGCAUGACCAUCUUGUUAAGAGCGUCGUUCGUUGUUCUGUAGUUGUGUCGGGCAUGGAUUUAGCUGUAUAUGAGGAUUGAAAGCAGUCGAGUUGUUAAUUUUAGUGCAUGGAAGUCUACAAUUUGUAUCACACUGUUCUAAACUCACUCAAGGAAGCAUAAGUUUUAAAAGUAUCAAUGUAUAGUCAUUUUAGUUAAAGCAUGUGACUGUAUUUUGAUAGUGUAAACUUUUUGUACCCAGGUUGAUUCAUAAUUAUUAGUGUCGAAUAAGUACUGAGAGACCAAGUAAUACUAGGAAAGCAUAAGAGGAACAACACUAAAGGAAAUGUCUAUUUGUACAUUAUAUGCUUUCCUAUGAUCUCAUCAAGUUGUUUAUUUGCAAAAAGAGGGAUAGGUCUUCGUAACUAGGAAACAUAUUCCUAAUCUCAGCUAUGAAAGCAUUCUUCCUUUUCUUGCACUUCAGGGCUAACGUAACCUAGCUGCUAUCUUUCCUUCCUUUUGUUUAAUUCAACAACUAAAAUCCAAUGGACAUUCAGAACCUGAUUCUUCUUGAGUUAACAGGCGAAAGUUAUUUUAAAUCAGAUAAACUGGCUGAAAAGCUUGGAGUUGAUCACCAAGUAGUUGUUGGUGGAAUUAAAAGUUUGCAAAACUAUAAUGGGAUAAUAGAUUGUGAAGAUGUGGUCGAGGUUAUUUUACAUUUAACAAAAGAAGGUGAUGAGAUUCUAAACAGUGGUAGUCAUGAAUACAGAGUAUACUGUGCUAUUCCGGAAUCAGGGAUACCACAAAGUGAUAUUUUGAAAAUAUUUCCAGAUGCUAAAAUAGGUAUUAGCAAAGCCCUUUCGUCGAAGUGGAUAUCACUAGCUAAGAAUGAAACUGGUGUACCGUAUUUGUAUCGUUUGAUUCCAGAAGUCAAGGAUGAUGUACAACGUUUAUUGUUAGAUGUAAAGGAGUCUAAACGUCCUCUAUCAGAUAACGAAAAGUCCCAACUGAAAAAACGAAAACUAGUUACCGAAUCAAAGCGCACAUCCUACUUGGUACGAAAAGGUACAUCAUUUUCAACAAAUAUAAAAUCUGAAGAAACGGAUUUAUCAUCUGAGUUGCUUUCUAGUGGAGAAUGGCAAACAGCUCAAUUUAAGGCCUAUAACUUUUACUCUCUUGGUGCCGCUUUACCAUCUGGACAUCUUCAUCCUCUUCUGCGUGUACGAUCAGAAUUCUGUAGGAUACUUUGUGAUAUGGGGUUUUCAGAAAUGCCUACGAACAAUUAUGUUGAAUGCAGUUUUUGGAAUUUCGAUAGUCUUUUUCAACCACAACAACAUCCUGCUCGAGAUGCUCAUGAUACAUUUUUCCUUUCCGAUCCUGAGAUUUCAGAUAUCAACAAUACAGUAGAAUCUUGUUACAUUGAUAAGGUUCGUACUGUGCAUAGUCAAGGUGCUUUUGGUAGUCGAGGCUAUCAGUCACCAUGGCUAAUAGAGGAAGCGGAGAAAAAUUUGUUGCGUACACAUACAACAGCAGUGAGCGCCCGUAUGCUUUAUGCAUUAUCUAAAAAGAAUCCAUUUACUCCAGCUAAAUAUUACAGUAUUGAUCGUGUAUUUCGAAAUGAAAAUCUAGACGCUACUCAUUUGGCAGAAUUUCAUCAAGUUGAAGGUCUAGUUGCUGACUUUGGUCUUAGUUUAGGCCAUCUGAAAACUGUAAUUCGAACUUUCUUUUCAAAGUUAGGACUUACGCAACUGAGAUUCAAACCAGCAUACAAUCCAUAUACUGAACCGAGUAUGGAGAUUUUUAGUUAUCAUCCUGGUCUCAAGAAGUGGGUGGAAAUAGGUAAUUCUGGACUAUUUCGUCCGGAAAUGCUUAGACCAAUCGGGUUACCUGAAGGAUUGUCUGUUAUAGCCUGGGGAUUGUCUUUGGAACGUCCAACUAUGAUUCGAUAUGGUUACCAAAAUAUUCGUGAUUUAAUUGCGCCUGGUAUUGUACGAUUUAAUACGGAGUCUUAUUCCAUUGUGAUUUAA